AUGACAAAUCCAAAAGGUUAUCGUCGGGGUACGCGUCAUUUAUUUUCACGCGAGUUUAAAAAGAAUGGUCGAAUUCCUUUGGCUACCUAUAUGAAAAUCUAUAAACGUGGUGAUAUUGUCGAUAUUAAAGGCAAUGGUGCUGUACAAAAAGGUAUGCCACAUAAAUUCUAUCAUGGUAAAACCGGUCGUGUUUUUAAUGUAACUCGACAUGCUGUUGGUAUUAUUGUUAACAAACGUGUUCGUCAUCGUGUUAUUGCUAAACGAAUUAAUGUUCGUGUUGAACAUGUUAAACACUCAAAAUGUCGUACUGAUUUUCUUACCCGUGUUAAACUUAAUGAACAAUUGAAACGAACUGCUAAAGAAACUGGAAAAAGUGUACCGCUUGUUAGUAUUAAACGACAGCCACAAGGUCCACGUAAACAACAUUUGAUUCGAACACAAGGCAAUAAACCACAAAUAGUCGAACCAAUUCCAUAUCAAUUUGUAGCUUAA